AUGGCUCGAGCAAACCAAAAAUGGAGGGACACGGGGGGCGUGUUGAGGUCGGACGGAGAGGGAGAGGGACAUGACGGUCAUGUCUACGGCCCAAAGUUCCAAUUCGUUGAUCAAGGCCCGGAGUUGGAGAACUACUAUUCCCAAGACGACGUUGUGUUCAACAACACCAAGUCUUCCGUGCCGGACCAGAAGCAGGAUGAUGUUUCUGUUCCAUCCAAGCAAAUCGACCAGCCCGUCAAGGCACAAGGUCCCGCCAUUGUCCACAGCACACCUGCCGAAGACUACACUCCUUUCUUGUCUCCUUCCAGCACCAAUCAUGAGACAGUGCUGGUGCAUUCAUCCAUAAAAAGAAGGAGAACGGCAGAUUCCACCACCCAACAAUAUCACUCGAAUGCAGCAACAUGGCAAAGAGGUGCUUACGACCCCAUUCGCUCUCAAUAUCGAGUGUACCAUCCUCCCCAGGUUUUCAGCCCCGUGAGUCCCGACGGUCUUGCCUACAUGCCCGAACAACAACAUUACGUUCCCAAAGUGGUGGAGGCCGAGUAUCGUCGACUGGCCGAUUCUGCGGCCGCCGCCAUUCCGCCAGAGUCUCUCCUCUCACCCGCCAUCUGGAAGGAGGAGUUCUACUGGCCCAACAAAUUCACCACCACGCAAUGUGCUUGUUUGAUGCGAUACUACAUCGACCAUCUGGCUUCGUGGUUUGAUGUGGGCGACCCAGCCCGACAUUUCACCCUUUCUGUUCCUCAACGGGCGCGAAGAUGCCCACCUCUGUUGAAUGCGAUCUUCACCGCCGCGUCACGACAUUUGGCGUCACUGCCGCAAUACAAAACGACAGAUGGAGUCGUCAAAUACCAAGACGUCCUCCUUCCUAAACUCAGCGAAGAAACGGCCCUCAAGUACCACAACGCAUGCAUUGCUUACUUGAUCAAAUUGUCCAGUGAUCCGGAACAUGUACGAGAUGAGAAUCUUUUGGCUGCGGCGGUCAUAUUACGAUAUUAUGAAGAGAUCGACAGCUCCUUUACCGGGGAAGAUAGUGAGACUUUUCUCCACACUUUUCAGGUGUUUGUCACGGCACAGUCGAACCCCUACGCCUAUCUGCUGAACGAUGGCGAGAAUCCGGAGUACCUGAGGCCCGGAUCGGCCACGGGCGUGGUGCAGGACAAUGCCAUCCUUUACCUCAAGAGCUUCCAACACGCGGCGUUUCGAAUAGCGCUAAGGCAAGAAACGACGACGGCAUUUCUCAAGCAACGCUCGGUCCGUCUGCCGCUGGACUCAUGGUCCAUUCUGCAAGGGUUUGACGGGGCGGAAGACUUUAUCUGGUCCGACCGGCAUCUGUAUCAUUGCGCCAAUGUGCUCCAGUUUUGCUUCGGCGGCGACAAUGGCUCUGGUAGGACUCAGAUUGAGCGCUGGAACGAGCUCCGGCAGUACCAAGAACAUUGGGACCAAGUCAAGCCCUUGUCGUUUUCACCCAUCCAUUACCAAGAAUCCGAGCGGUCCCAGGGGGAAUGUUUCCCCCAAAUCUGGUACAUGGCGGAAGUGCAGGUCACGGGGAUGAUGUUUCUGGACCUCGCCCGGAUCCUGACGACGGUGUACAAUCCCAACAUUCCUCGAAUUGGACCUGGGGUGAUCACGGCGCAGAGGCGGAUUGUCGAGGAAGUCCACGACAUUGUGAUCCGAUUGUGUGGGACAGCCAUGUCGAAUCCGUCGUCGCAGCCGGCCAUGGUGCAGGCCUACAUGGCGAUCGCAGUCUGUGGAGAGUAUUUCUCGAAUCCGGUCGAACAGAAAGCGCUGCUGGGGAUUCUAGACCGGUUGAAGAAAGAACACGGCUGGCCGACGGGGAAGACUGCGCUGGCGUUGAAAACAGAGUGGAGAUGGACAUGA